AUGUUCAUUCUGACAAAAAUUGCGGACCUGGUCCAGAUCACCCCCGAAGACUUCCACAAGAAGAGCAGCGAUGCCAUAGAAGACAACAUCAAUGCCAAAUAUGCAAACAAGGAAAGUCUCACAGUCAUCCAAAAGAUUGGCCUCUGUAUCUGCCUCUAUGAUCUCUUGUGGGCAUCAGAAGGCCUGGUCCGCCAAGGGACAGGAAAUGCCAAUGUGAACGCCGAGUUCCGCCUCGUUGUCUUCCGCCCUUUCAAAGGCGAAGUGAUCAUGGCCAAGAUCUCCAAGUGCACCCCAGAAGGCAUUCACGUGCGCACCGAGUUCUUCUCCGACAUCUUCGUCGAGGCCGAGGAACUGCCAGACGGGUGCGAGUUCGAUCACAACGAGCAGCUCUGGGUGUGGAACAACGAGGAGACGGGGCCCAUGUGGUGGGACGUCCACGAGACGGUGCGCCUAGCCGUAGUCGGCGAGGAGUGGCACGAUCAGACGCCUACCAAGCCCACUGUCGCCCCUGGCGAGGACCAGCCCGAGGAGCAGAGAAAACCGCCGUAUGUCAUCAAAGGGAGCAUGAAGAACCCCGGCCUGGGGUGUACGCUUUGGUGGGAGUUUUGA